AUGUUUAAAGAAAAGAUUAGCUCAUUGUUUAACUAAAAGGUGAAUAAUUUUGUGUACUCUUACAAUAAUAUGAAAAAUAUUAUUUACAGUAAAUUUAUAAUAAAAAAUUCAAAAGAUAAUAUGAACAGUUCAAAUAAAAAGAAACUGCUGAAAUACUAUUAUUAAAAUAAUCUUUAAAAAAUUAAAAAUUAUUAACAGAAUACUACAAAACAAAAAUUGAAUGAAAAAACAUUAUAAAAAUUGAAACUUCUUUUAAUAACAAGAACCAACUUAAGAAAAUAUAGAUCAUUAUAUUCUAAAAAUUUCGCAUUCUCAUAUAAUGUAAUCUCUCUCUUCAAUAGCAAAUCCAGAGAUCGAUACAAUAAACUUAUUAAUGUAAAUAAAAUUGCAAUAUCUACAGAUUAUUUAGCUUAAAUUUAUAACUUCAAAAUAGUGUUAAUCUUUCUUCAUUAAUAAAUCCUCAAAUCAAAUCUUUCCCCUAAAGAUUGUUGUCUGUUCCAGAUAAUUCAAAAUACAUCACUAAAUCAGAGAUUAAUCUCUUAGAAAACUAAGGAGAAAUUACUGCAUAUCAACUUCAUUAUCAGAUAUUUAAAAGUAAUGUAAUCUUCUCCAGUUAAUAAAGUACUCCAAAGAAAAUAAAAUUGAGAUUUUUUAUUAAUCUAACACUUUCUAGAAAAA